CCGGGUCCCGGAAGCGGCGGCGGAGCGAUGGCGGCGGACGGGAGGGCGGCGGGGGCGGUGGAGCUGCAGCCGGAGGGGGACAUGGAGGGCGGCAGCAGCAGCGAGCCGGAGGGCGGCUUCGGGCAGCUGCUGGAGGAGGAGGAGGAUGGGGAAGAUGCGGGCUACGUGCUGUACAGGGACAGGAAGGAAUGGGCUGAUAUUGAACCUGUUCCUCAAAAUGAUGGGCCGAAUCCUGUUGUUCAGAUCAUCUACAGUGAAAAAUUCCGAGAUGUCUAUGAUUACUUCCGGGCUGUUCUGCAGCGGGAUGAGAGAAGUGAAAGAGCUUUCAAGUUAACAGCAGAUGCCAUUGAGUUAAAUGCUGCAAACUACACAGUAUGGCAUUUCCGGAGAGUCCUCCUGCAGUCUUUGGGAAAGGACCUCCAUGAGGAACUUAAGUAUAUUACAGCUAUCAUUGAAGAUCAGCCAAAGAACUACCAAGUCUGGCAUCACAGACGGGUGCUGGUUGAGUGGCUGCAGGAUCCAUCCCGAGAGCUUGAGUUCAUAGCUGACAUUCUUAACCAAGAUGCCAAAAAUUACCAUGCCUGGCAACACAGACAAUGGGUUAUUCAGGAGUUCAAAUUAUGGGACAAUGAACUCGACUACGUGGACCAGCUUUUGAGAGAGGAUGUGAGAAACAACUCUGUUUGGAACCAACGGCACUUCGUCAUUUGCAACACCACUGGCUAUGAUGACCCCGCAGUCCUAGACAGAGAAGUCCGGUACACUCUUGAGAUGAUCACGGCAGUGCCACAUAAUGAGAGUGCUUGGAACUACUUAAAAGGGAUUCUACAGGAUCGUGGUCUUUCUAAAUAUCCAAAUCUGCUGGAGGAACUGUUGAAUUUACAGCCCAGUCACAGUUCACCCUAUCUGAUUGCCUUUCUUGUGGACAUAUAUGAAGAUAUGCUAGAAAACCAGUGUGAUAACAAGGAAGAAACACUGAACAAGGCAUUGGAGUUGUGUGAAAUUCUGGCUAAAGAAAAAGACACCAUCCGAAAAGAGUACUGGAGAUACAUUGGAAGGUCCCUUAAGAGCAAGCACAGUUCAGGCACUGAACAGAGCAGUACACUGACGGAUAAAGAGCAGUAACUGAAGAUCGAAGAAAACAGUGUUAAGCUUUCAAGCUGUUCUAAAGCUGUACUAAGUAAGGUCAUCAACAAGUUCAAAGUCCAUUUGUAAGUAUUGCAAUGGGAGAGGAGUGCAGACUGCUGUAUAGUCCUCAGUUGCUGCUGCUACUUGACUGCUCUAGCUGCAGUCAAGACAUGUAUUAAGGCUUAAUUAUUGAAAUGUACCAGGUAGAGAUUUUAAUUCCUAACUAAAAAUACAUAAAUGUAUACCUAUUACAUUGACAGUGCUGAGUUAAUGGUUGGCCUUGAUCUUAAGAGGUUUUUUCCAACAUAAGUUACUCUACAAGUCUGUGAAGCACUAAAACCAUGUCUCAUGUUGUGGCUUACCCACUUGUGGUUCCUAACACUGUCUCAUGAGUUUGCUGCAGUAGUGUGACUGCAGGUAACUUUUAACUAUAGG